CUGAGUGCCUGAGAGAGAGAUACACACAGAGAGAGAGACACACAGACAGAGAGAGAGAUACACACACAGAGAGAGAGAGAGAGAGAGAGAGAUACACACAGAGAGAGAGAGAGAGAGAGAGAGACACACAGAGAGAGAGAGAGAGAGAGAGAUACACACAGAGAGAGACACACACACACAUACACAGAGAGACAGACAGACAGAGAGAGAGAGAGGAUUUUAUCAUCAGUAUUUUUUUCCCGGAUCUCGAGGAGAAAUGUCUUAUUACGAACACAUCGUGUUUGAGGAGAACCUCUUCACCGAGAACCUGACCGACUUCGGUUCUGGAGAGCUCGGCGCUGAUUUUGAGACGCCGUGCAUCCGGGAGCGGAACCAGGACCUGAAGAGGAUUCUGCUCCCCGCGGUGUACGGUGUGAUCUUCGCGCUGGGGCUUGUGGGUAACGGGUUUGUGGUGGUGGUGAUGGGGUGCCAGGGGAAGUCGCGCACCAUGACCGACCGCUACCGGCUGCACCUGUCCGUGGCCGACCUGCUGUUCGUGCUCUCGCUGCCGUUCUGGGCGGUGGACGCGGCGAGCGGGUGGCGCUUCGGCGGCUUCAUGUGCGUGCUCGUGCACAUGGUGUACACGGUGAACCUGUACGGCAGCGUGCUGCUGCUCGCCUUCAUCAGCCUGGACCGGUACCUGGCCGUGGUGCACGCCACGAGCAGCCAGCCCACGCGCCGCCUGCUGUCCGAGCGCGUGGUGUACGCGGGCGCGUGGCUCCCGGCGCUCAUCCUCACGGCGCCCGACUUGGCGUUCGCGCGCGCCGAGGCCGUCAGCGAGACGCGCGUGGUGUGCCAGCGCAUCUACCCGGCCGACGGGUGGCUCACGUGGAUGGCGGCGUUCCGCGCGCAGCACGUGCUCGUCGGCUUCGUGCUGCCCGGUCUUGUGAUCCUGGUGUGCUACUGCGUCAUCAUCGUCACGCUGUCGCGCGGCUCCAAAGGCGCGCAGAAGAAGCGCGCGCUGCGCACCACCGUGGCGCUCGUGGCGUGCUUUUACGCGUGCUGGCUGCCCUACUGCGCCGGGAUCGUCGUGGACACGCUGCUGCAGCUCGGCGUCAUCGCGCACAGCUGCGCGCUCGAGAGCGGCCUCGAGACGUGGAUCUUCGUGACCGAGGCGCUCGCGUACUUCCACUGCUGCCUCAACCCCAUCCUCUACGCCUUCCUCGGGGUCAAGUUCAAGAAGUCGGCGCGGCGCGCGCUCACCGGACGCGGAUCCAGUCUCAAGAUCCUCCCCAAGAAGAAAGCAGGCAUGUCCUCGGUGUCCACGGAGUCCGAGUCGUCGAGCUUUCACUCCAGCUAACGCGCAAAAAACCCGGCACGCGGACUCCGCUUCCGUUCCAAAGAUAUAAAUAUGAUGUAAAUAUCCAUGAGGACUGAAGGAUCAGGCUGAGCCUGGGCUCUCAGUGACUGACUGACUGCCAAGAUUUUAGCUCGUGUGUGUGAUGACCUGCACAAAAUCACGAGUCAGCAAAAAGCAUCAAAAUUCCAUCCAUCCGCUCUCUUUCGGUCACAUCUAUAGUCCUGGUUUUCAUAUUUUAUUUUUUUUCCAAGCUUGAGAUGGACACUGAGUGAUCAGAAGGUUCUCUUAUCACUAUUUUAGCACAUCUUUGUGUCAGUGUGUUAAGUUUGUUGUGAUAACCUAUGCAUCAUACAAAAAAGCAUCAAAAUGUUGUCCGUCCAUCCGUUUAUCACUUCUGUAUUACUGAUUUUUUUUUUUUUUUUUUUGCUUUUCAUGUUUCUCUUUUUGUGUGAUUUGGGAUUAGAUAAGUCUGAACACACUGGUUGUGUUUAAAGAUUUCUGUUUCACAGGACACACAAAAUAACACCAUGCACUGGUUUGACGUCAUAGAAACACCAGGAACAGACUAUAUAAUUUUUUUUUUUAUUUUUUUUCCUGUGUGUCUUGUCUCCCUGAUUCUGUACUUAUGUACAUCAUGGCUCUUAUUUAUUGUUUUUGAAGAAGAAGGAAAAAAGGAAGUCCUUCAGGGAUUGCUAAGUGUUUCUGUAUGUUGUUUUUCAUAUUAGCUGCUGUGUAUAGCUGUGUUUUGAGUCCUUUUGUAAUAAAAGUGUGUUUGGGGGGGAAAAAAGUGCGGGUGUUUUUUUGUUUAAAGUGCAUUAGGGGUCUGAAAUCCCAGUGGCACCAAAAAGUACCAAUUGACUCAUGAUUCUGUAGAACUUCCUGUUUUUAGGCUAUUCCUCAUUCUCCUGAAAACAAGUUUAAGUUCAUAACUUUUAAACACAAGUGAUGAAAGUGGUUCUUUCUUCUUUGGCCACCUGUGCUGAUGUACUGACGUGUUUUCACAUUCAUUUUGUGCUUUAAUGACUCAGAGACUGAAACACACACGCGCGUGCAUACAUGCACAAGCAUGCGUGCAAAAAUAAACAUCUCCACAAAGGGACU